CAAGAUUGAGCUUGUUUGGUACAAGUAUUUUUAAACACCCGACAUUCAAAAAGAAAAAGAAAAAAAAAACCUUAAUCAUUACAUCAUCUUCGAGUUUAAAGAGAGCACUUUUUUUUUCUUGCUUUUUUUUUCUUUAUCUUUCUUUACUUAUGUCUGAAAAAAUCGAAAAGAAGUUAAAUGAAGCUGACGCCAACUUGGCUAAGCCCACACAUGGCCACUUUUCUAUGGUUCGCAAUUUUUAUUUGGCUGAUAUCAUUACACUUAUGAAUGGUGUCUGUGGUGUUCAAUCAGUAUUGAGCUCAAUGCGCUAUUUGACUUCAAACGAUAUCCGAGACUUGUAUACAGCCAUGUAUCUUAUGCCUAUUGGUAUGCUUUUUGAUUUCAUGGAUGGACGUGUUGCUCGUUGGAGAAAUAAUUCAUCAUUACUCGGGCAAGAACUCGAUAGUUUGGCUGAUUUGAUUUCUUUUGGAUUAGCACCUGCUGCGUUGGCCUAUGCAGUUGGUAUGCGUACUUAUCUCGAUACAAUCGCAUUGACUUAUUUUGUUUGUUGUGGUAUUGCUCGUCUUGCUCGCUACAAUGCUACUGUAGCCCUGGCUCCAAAGGAUGCCACUGGCAAGGUACACCAUUUUGAAGGAACUCCGAUCCCCACUUCCUUAUCAUUGGUGGGUAUUGUUGCUUACUUUGUCUUGAAUGAUCAGUAUCUAGACACUUUGCCUGGAGGUAUGGUCAAAAUUACAAGUGAUUGGGAUAUGCAUCCUCUUGUGCUUAUGUACAUGCUGAGUGGUACUUUAAUGAUCUCAAAGACACUUCGUAUUCCAAAGCCCUAGUCUUUUUUUUUUCUUUGGUCUUAUAUACCCUGUUUUCACUUAUUAUUGGGAUACAUUUUUUUUUGAAAUAAAAAAUGAAACAGAAAAGACAAUUAUUUAAAUUA